AUGCCCGGGAAGGAUGAGGAUGCCAAAAAGCCGGCGUCGGAGGCAGCGCCGGACCGGCAUUGGAAGCUACAAGUCUUCUGCCUCUGCUUCUACGGCUUCAUGACGCAGAUCCGGCCUGGGGAGAGCUUCAUCACCCCCUAUCUCUUGGGGCCUGACAAGAACUUCACACAGGCAGAGGUGACCAACGUGAUCACACCGGUACUCACCUACUCCUACAUGGCCGUGCUGGUGCCCGUCUUCCUCCUGACGGACUACUUACGCUACAAGCCGGUGCUGGUGCUGCAGAGCCUGAGCCACAUCUCCAUCUGGCUGCUGUUGGUGUUGGGCACCUCUGUGCUGGCCAUGCAGCUGAUGGAGUUCUUCUACGGCAUCACCAUGGCUGCCCGCAUCGCCUACUCCUCCUACAUCUUCUCCCUCGUCGCUCCAUCCCGCUACCAGCGUAUGGCCAGCUAUUCCCGCUCCGCCGUCCUCCUGGGGGUCUUCACCAGCUCGGUGCUGGGCCAGCUCUGCAUCACCUUGGGUCAUGUCUCCUUCCUCACCCUCAACUACGUCUCCCUGGGCUUCAGGGCAGGGGGGGACGGCGGCAGGGGGACACGGGGCUGGAGGGAGGCGACACUGUGCCGGAUGCUGCGGGAGGUGGGAGCGUUGGCCAAGCAACCCCAGCUUCGGCUCUGGUCCUUGUGGUGGAUCUUCAACUCGGCUGGUUACUACCUGAUGCUGUACUACGUGCAGAUCCUCUGGAAUGAGAUCUGCCCCACCACGGACAACCGCUGCGUGUACAACGGAGGGGUGGACGCUGCCUCCACGCUGCUGGGGGCUCUUGCCUCCUUCGCUGCUGGCUAUGUGAAGAUCCGCUGGACGCUGUGGUCAGAGCUGGUGAUUGGGGUGGUGACGGCAUUCCAAGCGGGAUUACUCCUUCUCAUGAACACCACCAGCAACAUCUGGCUGUGCUACGCUGCCUACGUCCUCUUCCGCGGCUCCUACCAGUUCCUCGUGCCCAUCGCCAUUUUCCAGAUUGCUACCUCCCUUUCCAAAGAGCUCUGCGCGCUGGUCUUCGGGGUCAACACCUUCUUUGCCACUGUACUGAAGACCAUCAUCACCAUCAUUGUGGCUGACAAGAGGGGCUUGGGCUUGUCCGUGCAUCCCCAGUUCUAUGUGUAUUUCAGCUACUUCACGCUGCUGGCAGUGACCUACCUGCUGGCGGCCGUUGGUGUGGGCAUCCGGUACAGCCGCCACAAGCAGCCAGGAGAGCUGGCUUUGGCCAAGGAACCAUGCCAGGUCCCCGCAGAGGUGCCACCAGCACAGGAGCAGAGGCUGGAUGCUGGCACCGUGCGAGCUUAA